GCUGUCGUUGCCAGGACAACAAGUAAACUGUCUGUGUGGCAAUGGCUGAUCUUCUAAAGUUUAAACAACGAGUAGAGGAAUUAAAAAGUGAAUACUACAACAGAAACAGGCAAGCCGAGGUGAACAGAAAGGAGGAGACCCAGGCUGCCAUCCGAAUUCAGAGCUGGUUCCGAGCUUGCAGGGUGCGGACAUGUAUCAGAUAUCUGAACAAGAAAGCAAUCAUCAUACAGAAGGCAUGGCGCGGCUUUGCAGCAAGGGCACGUGUCAGACAAAUGGUGAAGGCGGCAUAUUUUACCAUGAAGAUGAAUUUCUACAACGACAUGGCAGUCAGGAUUCAGAAAACAUGGAGAGGAUUCUACUACAGGAAGUACAUCCAUUACUUUUAUGCUCGGAAAAGGUAUCUGCAGCAAAUUCUCAUGAAGAAUGAGCUUGUGAGGAAAGAGUUGGAUGAGAUUGAGAAAGAACAGACAAGAGAGAAGGAAUAUCUAGAGGCUACAAUAGAGCAGAAAACGAAAGCUUACCAAGCUUAUCGAUUGCACCACCUCAUCAGCACAAAACAGGUCCCUGGGGUAUUUAACUCUCCUUACAGGCAGGCCCCUCAUGAGAUGGAGUUGCUGCUGAGGCAGGUCAGGUAUCAGGUCCCCAUCAGCAUGGCCCACCGGGAUACAGGUUGUCUCAGGGGCCUUUGUGACUCAAGGGGACUUAGUUUCUCUGGGUCUCCUGAAUCCCAAAGUACCAUUUCCACCGAAACCUGGGACUUGAGGACCAGACUACCUUCUAUUGCCACCAAGAAGGGAAAGGCAAAAAUAACCCAAACCGUCCAUAACAGAUGAGGCAGAUAAUGGAUUAAAGCACACUAUGAAUGAGGUAGAAAAAAAAAAAACGAAAAAGAAAAAGUGCAAUAGUAAAAUUCUUGUGUUCGAGUGAUGACAAAAUAAAAAACAAUGUGACAGCAGUUUUAAAGCCUAGCUGGAUCAGCGUCUCCUGGAAGAACACCUUUGCCUCGACACAGGGAGAAGAGUCAGCAAUAUCUGUUCUCCAUGCAACUUAUGCAAACAUUUUAAAACUAUUAUAUUACACCUCAGACAGGUGAGACUUCCAUGAGCCACACUUUUUGUGAUUUAUAAUGAAUCAUCUGAUCUUUCAUUUAAUUUUUAUGUGAACUAGUUCACUUUUAAUCUGAGUAAACACAUAUUUAAACCAUACCUUUUUAGUGUUUCUAUGACAUCAAGUAGGACUUUUGAAAUAAUAAGAGUUUAAACUGGUAGCUAGUGGAGGUAAUCUCUUCAGUCACUGAAAGAGUUUGCAAAAUAUACAGCUAUUAGGUCUUGAGCAAUUAUUCAUAGCUACCCCUCUUCAUAGCCCCUCUCUCUCAGGUAAAUCGGGAAGCUUUCCAGCACAAAAGCAAACUUGCAUGUGAAAAUGUUACUUUUGGUAAAUAUAAAGUUCUCAUGUAAUUUACUUAAGCUGACACAUUCAAAUCAGAAGAUAAGCCUAAUACUGAAUAGAGCACAAGUUCUUUAAACUAUGCCAAACAAAUGAUAAACUUAUUUACAACAGCUGCAUUCAGACUCACCAUACUCAGAAUCACCACUCCCCAGAAUGGUACUUGAGGGUAAAUAAUUUCUAUUCUUCUAAUAACUCUAUGCCAUUGUUUCAUAGUUUGAGAAGUGCUACAUAACCAGUACUAAUAAACAGCAAAGUACUUGUUAAGCCAUACAGAAGAAAUUAUACAUUAAAAUACUUUAGACAAAUCUUGAGUUGAUUUUAACUUUAGUAUUCCCAGCAUAUUGGAAUAAUACGUCACAUACAAGCUAGUAUUUAAUAUAACGACAGUAGUACAAGUGUAACAUAAUGAUUUAAAGGUUUUUUGAUCAAAUUACUUCAUAUAUUAUAAGGUGAAACAAUAUGCAAUAAACGAGGUGAAGUCAGACUUACUGGCUUAUUAGUUGCGCCAUUAAAGGAUCAUGACACCAAGAUACAUUUUGUGUACAUAAUCAUAGGUGUUUGUCAUCCAUUCCCUAUGUGUGCUUUGUUUGUUUGCAUUAGAGUUUGUUCUCAGGGCAGGAAGUCCCUCUUUUCUUUCAUUUGCACUCUCCCCUUUACCUCACACCCCUAUAUCCCUAGUGUGAUAACUAUCUAGUGGUGAUGGAUAAGGUUGAGGUGCAGGCUGUGGAAGUGGUCAGGCCAGGCCACUGAUCCCAUAGCGAUAAGAGCAAGGACAGGGUCCCUGUCCCUUCCUCUGUCUCACCCCCUCAUGCUCCCUCCUUCUCUUUUUCAAAACAAAAAAACAACUGAAGGUCAUCUUUUAAAAAGCAAAAACUACUUAAGUUAGCCUUUUUUGCAAAAGGUUUAUCCAUCACCAUCAGAAAAAUCACAAACAGUCAAUUAAUGGGACUUACUGUUAAGUACAUGCUCACUGUUGGUAACUGAAACAAAUGCAAAAGUAUGUAUUGUCAUCACCACAUCAUAAAAAUCACCACAUUAAAAACAAUGUUUGACAUUAAAA